GCGGCGUGACGCGAGCACGGCGGCUCCGCCCCCUGCGUCUCCGGCCUCGCUGGCCUUUGGGGGGUGGGGGGCAUGGUUCCAUCAUGGCGUCAAUGCAGAAACGACUACAGAAAGAACUAUUGGCUUUGCAAAAUGACCCACCCCCAGGGAUGACUUUAAAUGAAAAGAGCGUUCAGAAUUCAAUUACACAGUGGAUUGUAGACAUGGAGGGUGCACCAGGGACCUUAUAUGAAGGGGAAAAAUUUCAACUCCUAUUUAAGUUUAGUAGUCGAUAUCCUUUUGAUUCUCCUCAGGUCAUGUUUACUGGUGAGAAUAUUCCUGUUCAUCCUCAUGUUUAUAGCAAUGGUCAUAUCUGUUUAUCCAUUCUGACAGAAGACUGGUCCCCAGCGCUCUCAGUGCAGUCUGUCUGUCUUAGCAUUAUUAGCAUGCUUUCCAGCUGCAAGGAAAAGAGACGACCACCAGAUAAUUCUUUUUAUGUGCGAACGUGUAACAAGAAUCCAAAGAAAACAAAAUGGUGGUAUCACGAUGAUACUUGUUGAUGAUGCCACUGUUGUCAUCCUCCUAGCAGAAGAUAGUCCUACUGAGAAAAUGAGCACUUUGAUCAUUCAGUCUUUGAACUUUAACCUUUGACUGGAAGUGACCUAUAGGCAAUGAAGACUACUUCCUUUUACUGCAUUUUUACUCGUGUGCAUUCUGGGCGCAUGUUGAUCGCUGGUUCAGUCCAGGCAACUGACAUGCUUUUAUUAGUCAUACAGUAUCAAUGCAGGUGUCAGGAAAUGUCAAAUAUAAUUCCAUUUUUUAUUUUUAUUUUUUUAAGCGUUUGGAAUAGUUCCAGGUCCUCAUGUAUUGUGCAAUAACAAUGACUUCCCUGGUGGUGUUGGGACGUUCAUUGCCGGCAAUGGACGUCAUAACAGGAAAAGUUUUUCAUUAACUUCUGCCACUCGAUGAUUAAUGCAUAAUAGGGCCUAUGAAAUGAACUUAUCGGUUAUGGUGGGGAUUAUAAAUAACGUGAGGGAUCCAACAUUACUUUGAAAGUCACCCCAACUGUUUAUAUUUGGAUUCUAUGCACUGUGAUCCUGAGGUUAACAGCAUGAAUUAACAUGCGUCUUCAAAGGACUGUAAUGAAAGAUCAUUGCGUAUUUAUUUAAUUGUUUAUAUCUGCUGUCAAAUUGUUUUGACAUGGAAGGUUUUCAAGUAACAUUGGCAGAGAGGUACAAUAUGUUAUCCCUAUGGUGAAAAUAAAUUUGUUGUAUAUAAUUCCUCAAUCUCUGAAGUGAAGGUCUGAGUAAUAUAGGGUCUGACUGGUUUAAUCAAGGCUUUAUUUUGGAAGUAAGAAAAAUGGCAGUAAUGAUUAAGUUGCUGCAGUCCAUAAAUUGGGCUUGUUAUUUGUGUAUUAAAGGUUUUUUUCCAAGUAGAUUACACUCGGUUACUUCCUGCUAGCCAUCAGCAUGAGCCCUACUGCCUAAACACUAUUUCAUUUAUUUAUGUUUGGAAAAUCCAUAAACAUUUUUGUUUGCAAUCUUGUUUCUUUUGUUAUGUUUUAAGUCAAGUUUGAAUGUUAUAUAUUACCUUAAUUGAAAAACUUUUGUCAAGCUUUUUCUUGUAAACUUUCUUUACUUGUAAGUAUCAUCUUGUCUCCAAUUCUGUACCCUAAAAUAAGAAAUACAUUUUUGACAGAGGCUUAAUGUUUUAACGAGAGUGUGGACAUUUUUAUUUUAAAUUUAGGCAAAAGUACACUAUAAAAUGGUAUGUUUGCUUGUUUGUCUUCACAACCAUACAUUUUUUCCUGGAAGGAUUUAUUUUGUUUGCUUGUUGAAAAGACUUUGCUUAUCGCUAGCUGAAAUUUUUCUAUAGAAAAAAAAGUUGUUCAAAGGUCCAAUCCUCAGUACCAUGUAAGUUAGUGCUACAGCUAGGUUCACUUUUUAAAAAGUGAUUAUUGUAUUUUAUAAAUUAAUCUUUUCACAUAUGCAAAAUCUGUUUCUACUAUAAUGUUAUUUUUACUAAUGCCUUAUUGUUGCACUCUUUUUGAAAUAUCCUACAGUGAAUAUAUGGAUCAAUUUGGGUUUAAAGGUAAAAGCCAGUUGGCUGAAAGGAUUGAAAUAUGUACCCCAGUAAAACCAUCCAAUUAAUAAUUGGUAAAUAAUGUUUUAAAAGUUGUUUUUAAUCUCUGUAUAGAUGACAUUUUGUAGCUUUGUACAUGUUAAUCAAGGGCAUAUAAUUUUACACUCUAAAAAAUAUAAUUGCUGAACUCAGGGGUGGGUAGACUUCAAAAUUAUGUCUGCUAUAGAAAUAACUUGAAAAACAAAAAACUUGGCCAGCCACCAAAUUGUGGACACUGUUUAUACCAUGAGCUAGCAAUUACCACUUUUUAAAAAUUUGAAACGUUUUUGUUCAAUUUGGACUAAACGUAAAUUCUCAUAGUGUUCUAUCAGUUUUAUUAGUUGGCUGUUUAACCAAGAGAGAAAAUAUUUGGAUUAUUGAUAGUUUUUAACUGCUUGUUAUAUGAAAAUUGCAACUAUAAAUUAUAUAUUUUCAUAUUUUAGAAAACUGGUCUAAACUACUGAUUGACAUCAUCUUUUUCCAGUAUGUUAGGAAGAAAUCUCUCUUGUGUGUUUCUGGUCCUCCUAACUAAAUCCUCUUAUAAGGAAAUGACCUGUGACAUUUAUUCACCAAAGGAAUUAAUAUACCAGGUCAAAGAUUAGCAGUGCUAUACUAUAGAUUAAUAGAUCAUAUAUAGCCUCAGUUUGAGUUUUUAUAAGUAUUUUAACAUACCUCUCUCUCUAGAUGUAGAUAUGGUAAAAUCAAAUAAAGCAAACAAAAAAAAACCAAAUAACUUCAGUAUGUUUUAUGUUUUAAAGAGAAUAAGAUGAAAUAUCCUAAUAGGAGCACCAGUUGUUCAGAAUUCAUAAUCAAAUUAACAUCAUUCCUACGGAAUAUAGGAGUUACUGAAAAUUGCUUUGCACUUAGAGUUAAUUAAUUUUAUAUUAUUGUUAAAAUAUUGUAAGUUACAUUAGUGAAAGUCUUCGUUUAUCUGAGUCAUUGCUCCAGAGGGCAGUUAAUGGCUUUGUAAUUAUAAGCAGAAUAUUUCCUUGUAAUGUGUUGUUGAAAGACAACCAGAACACAAAGAAAAUGUACAUAGGAGUAUGCUACUUCCUCCUUCUCCGGUUUUCCUCCAUGGUGCAUCAGGCCUGUAGAAUUAAGCUUCAAAUAGAAAAUAGGUAUUCUCUUCUUUUUUAUUUAUUUAUUUAUUUAUUUUAGGCCAUUCUGCUGGUUUGCCAAAUUCUGUUACAACAGUGAUACAUUCAGUUCUUAUUUAUGCAUGCAUACAUAAUGAACUUGAUGCCCUCUCAGAAAUUCUUUUUCAAGUAGGAAUUAAUAUCAUAAGUUUGAAAGAGAAAGAUACUUUUGAUCUUUUAAGGGAAAUUGAAAAACACAUUUUAUGGCUGUUGUCUUAAGGAAUUAAUAAUAGUCACUUUUAAAGAAUUUACUUGUAAUAUGUAAUUUUUCCUUUUAGCCAUCAGGGAAAUAAAGCAUUUUUAACUAUCCAGAAAAAUGCUAAAAAUAGCUUUUUUAUAGUUAACAAUAGCACUGAAGAAAGAUCUUGAUCCUUGUUGUUUUGACUGAAAUUAUAAAUAUUUGGUAUAAAGCAACUAGAAUAGUUUGCUACUUUUGCCCUCCUGAAAUAUUAAAUAUAUGCAGAUAUAUUGUCAUUAGAUUCUGGUGGUGAAUAAUUUCUUCAGAUUCUAAAAUAGGUAUCUAGUAACUGUUGAUUAUCCCCAGAUUGCAUCAAAGAUGAAUUGACAAGUGAUAGAAAUAAGUAGUGAUAAUGAAAAUGGUAUGUAAGUAACUACAUAUUGUUUCCAGGGAUCCAGUCUAGUUUUUAAAAAGCUUAUUGUUUCUGAGAAUUGAGACAUUUAAAACUUGUUAAAACUUGCUAAAAAUAGAAGAGAAGAGGAGGUACUGUGUGUUCAAAAGUUUUUUUUAAAUAAAGAAUUCAGUGUCACUAGUUCUAAGCCUUUAUGGUUACUUUUGCUUAUGUUUCUCAGUCUCACUUUACUCAUUUUUAUGCAUACCUUAGCUGAAUGGCUAUAAUUUAUGAUUGUGUGUAAUUGUGUAUGUAAGUUAGUUUUUAGGAAGAAUUGAAGCUUAGUUAACUGGGGUUUGCUUUUUGUUGUCAAAGUAGGUACUAUACUAUUUGGUAUGCCAGUGCCUUUCCUGACUCUGCAGGAUUGUGACCUGUGGAGAAGGUGUCUUUUGGUCUGCAACAACCAGUUCCAACCUUUUUCUGGCUUUUUGAAAAUACCUUUUCUUCUUCUUCCUUUCUGUCUCUUCUCACAGAUGUUUGACAUGCGUGAAUCUUCAGCAUUUGCCUUUUCUGACUUCUAAAUUGUUUUUUUUUUUAAGUUGGAGAAUCCAGAGAAGAUUAUUAAUUACAACAGAAGUUUUUGAAAAACUAAAAAAAGAAAAAACAAACAUAAAAAGAAAACACUAUCUUAUUCAAAUUCCUGAUAGUCCCUUCAUUAGUAGAUUGUUGAUUUUGUGAAUAUAACUCUUUGGUGAGUGAGUUGUAGCUCUAAUUCAUUUCUAAAAUACUAGUACAGAAAAGGAGGGCGUUGGAAGUGGGAACUCUUCCCCGUGCCUAACUAUUGCUUAAAUGAAUUAAAUUGUUUGUUUUCCACUUAAAUUCCUUCAGUCAUUUUGAGAUGUGGAAUUAUUUUUCUAAAAUUAUUUGUAAAGAGUCUUGCUUUCGCAGCCAAUUUUGCAUUGAUAUUAAGAUAGGAUUGUAUACCUGAUCGUCAUUACAGACUCUGGAACCUGAGCAUGGACUACAAGCCUGGCCUGUCCUGCAGGUUGAUGUGUGGUUCUGACUGAGAUCCUGCUGGGUGAGAUGAUGAUUGUUCAAGGGUUGACACUGACACUUGUUUUCGGGGAUGAGUCUUCAGAAUGAUUAUAGUACUGUUUUUUAACAAAGGGUGUUUUGUUGAUAAAAUAGCACCUGAAGCCAUUUUGAAUGUGUGGAAGGAAUGACUGAAUAGACGCUUAUGACAAGAACUCUGGCUUUACAUGUUGAAUGAAAACAAGAUCCAGUUCUAGCUGUUUCUUGACACAUGCCCUGUUUGAGUUUUAACAAAAUGUAGAGCCUAUAGUAGUUCUAAGCUGUUGUCUCAAAGUCAAACGCAAGAUUGCAGAAGAUACUAGGUUUUGAAUUGUGACAAAACUUGUCAGAUUUCAUGGCAUAUGGAAAGACUGAUUACACCUGCCUCUUACAAAAGGUUGAAAUAGGACUGUUUAGGAACUCAGUGGUUUUGUCAAGUAUGACAAUGUGUCUCAUCAUAGUUAACUGCAGAUUCCUUAUGUAAAUGAAAACGGUCAAGUUCGAGGUAAAAAAAUUAAUUGAAUGAAUUUUUAGGUUAAUUAUCUGGUAACUAAGAGUCAAGUACAUGUACAAAUUAAAUGAAUUUGUUCAUUUAUGUUGGUACUAUAUUUCUCACAAUUUAGAAAUAAAGAUUGUGCUUGAGGAUUUGAAUAGGGUGAAUGUAUAUAUUUUAUAAAUUCAAGUUGCAAAAUAUGUAAAACUCACUUUUUAACUAUAACUGUUACAACAGACAAAUCUGUUAUAUAUUUUUAAAUACAUGUAUCAAACUUUUGUUAGUUGAAUAUAGAUUACUUUGUGUGCUUUAUGGAAUUAAGUAACUUUUAAAAUAAAGCAGUUGUCAUUUGA